CACACACACACAAACACACACACACACACACAAACACACACACACAAAUACACGCGUACAUACGAACACACCCACCCACAAACACAAACACACGCACACACACGCAACAGCACGCUCGCACACGCGAACAGAUCAUACGACAUGGCGAUGGCCUUGGCUCGGCGUGCUGCCUCCGCAUGGGCGCCGGUCACUUCUCGGUCGUUGUUGUGGGCACCCGCGCAACAUGCGCAUGGCCUUCAGCCACCACGCGCAGCACACACACAGCAACAACAGCAACGCCAGCAGCCGCCGCAUCAACACCUUCAACAGCAGGGUCACCCCAUACAGCAACAGGUGCGCUGGAAGAGCGCGCGAGCACAGAAGGUGGAGGCACAGGCGGCCUCGCCAGCAAGCCGAGUCAAGAACGAGGACCCAAGCAAACGAAAGGUGUUUGUGCAGAAGUUCGGUGGCACCAGCCUGGGAACCUUUGAGAAGCUGGAGAAGGUGGUGAACAUUGUCCGCACCAACCUGGAGAAGGCCCGGCUGGCGUGCGUCGUCUCCGCCAUCAGCAGCGAGACAAAGAGCGAGGGCACGACAUCACGCCUGCUCAACGCCGCGCAGGCCGCCGUCAACGAAGACCCCUUCCACCACUUCCUCGACGCCAUUGAAGACACGCACCUCGACAUCAUCUACUCCAUGAUCCGCAACCCGGACAACCGCGACGCCGCCAAGCAGCACGUGCUCAAGGAGCUGCGCAACGUGCGGCAGUUCUGCGAGUCCCUCACCGUCAUUCGCGAGCUCUCCCCGCGGUCCCACGAUAUGAUUGUCGGCUGCGGCGAGCGGCUGUCUGCGGGCAUGAUCGCCAGCGUGCUCAAGGAGGAAGGCAUCCCCACCGUGUACAUGAACCUGAGCCACCUCUUCAAGUCCCCGCUCGACGCCAACAAGGUUGGCUAUCACCACAAGGCCAUCGCCGCCCUGCAGACGCAGCUCGACAAGACGGUGGAUCUCGACUACGUGGUGCCGAUCAUCACGGGGUACAUGGGCGACAUCGCUGGCGGCAUCAUUGACGGCAUUGGCCGCGGGUACUCUGAUCUCACUGCUGCCCUUGUUGCCGCGGCACUCAAGGCAGACGCGCUGCAGGUGUGGAAGGAGUCUGAUGGCAUCUUCACCGGCAACCCGACAAAGAUCAGCAAUGCGCAGCUGCUGCACGUCGUGUCCCCGCGCGAAGCCGCAGAGCUCACAUACUUUGGCAACGAGGUUUUGCACCCGUUUACAAUGGAGUGUGCAAUUGAGGCGAACAUCCCCAUCCACAUCCUCAACACCUUCAAGAUUGACUCGCCAGGAACCGUUGUGAAACCCCACGCCACCCAAACGGAGCUUGCCGAGCGCGGCUUGCGCAACAUCGCCGCUGUCGUCUCCAAGAAACACAUUGACGUCAUCAAUGUUGCAUCAAACAAGCGCCUCGAGUCUGCCUCGUUCCUCGCCAAGGUGUUUGAGCUGUUUGCCAAGCACCGCGUCAAGGUGGACCUGAUCUCCACUUCAGAGACCAACCUGUCCAUUACGGUGCACGAGUCUGUUGAAGGCCAUCGCGUGCAGGAUUUGGUUGCGGAGUUGGAGGCGCUUGGGCGCUGCAGCAUCAAGCGCAACCGUGCCAUCGUCAGCAUCAUUGGAGAGGGCAUGGCUAAACAGAUUGGGCUUGCUGCGGAGAUGAUGGACUGCCUCUCCUCGCAGAAGAUCAACUUUGAGAUGAUCACACAGGGCGCCAGCGAAAUCAACACCACCGUCGUCAUCAAGCAGGACCAAGCAGAUCUGGCUGUUCAGGCCAUCCACGAACGGUUCCUUGAUGCAAGCAAGAAGUAGGGCGUUCAUGUCAGUUGAUGUGAUACCCGUCCAGCAUCAAGCAGGUGCAACCAACGCUCAGUGCAUGUUCCCUCGGUGUAGGGUGUGUACUCAACCGUGUGUACUCAGCCGUGUACAUGUUGUCCAUUCUUCGUUACAAUCGCACACGUCGAGGCGGUGAGGUGUUGUCGCUUGCUUGCUGUUCCUUUGUGACACACACACACACACACACGUACACACACCCUCUUGCUGGUGCCACCUUUCCCUUUCUACGCAAGCUUGUACACUCCUCCACACAACAUUGCAUACCGUUACAACAUUACACAUGGAGCAAACACCA